CGUACUUCCGGUUUCUAGGACGAAGAAGAAAAACAUGAUGGAAAACAAAGUAGAAGCAUUUAUUGCUGAUUUAUCAGCGUCUGAAAUGAUAGAUUUGCAUAUAUAUUAAAUAACUGAACAAAAAAUCAGCGUAUCCUUUACUAAUCAACAAAGUUUCAAUGAGUUACGUUAUGAGGAGCGUCUGAAAGCUAUGUAAAUUGUAAACAAAGUUGACCCACUUUUGCAAAAUGACAGCGAAGUCAAAUGCACAGGAUAGGAAAGACUUUGAUAAGUUUACCAAAUUCUUUGUAUACAAAAGUAUUCAGAUUAUAGUUCAGUCAAGGCUAGGAGAGAAGAUCAAGACAAAAUCAAAGCCUUUCUCUUCUGGAGCAGAUUGGUUCAACAUAGCAAUAACUGACAACAAUGAAGUUCACACUGAAGCCAAAAAGGUUGUGUCAAACCAGACCACAACACUUGCACAGAACGUGUGUGUUGAGAUCUCUCUACGAACAGCCGAGGGUGAUACAAUGGUGCUUGAACUUUGGUACAUAAAUUUAGAUACAAACCAGUAUGAUAUUAGUGCUAAAAUGUCACAGACUGGUUAUUCUAGAAUGAGCAUUGCAUUAAAAUCGUUGCUGAAUGUGUCGAGAGUUACACCAGCAUACAGACUAUCUCGUAGGCAAGGAAGCAGUGACUAUAUAAUCUGUUACAGAAUUUAUCUUGGGGAACCUCAGUUUUACAUUCUUGGGGAAAGCUAUCAAAAAUCAAAAGUUGGCUCUGUACCAACGCCAUAUGGGACCAUCGGAAUUCAUCUAGGCUACAGAACAAAGCUCUUGCUAUCUCCACAGAACACAACAAAAGAGGUGCCUUUCGAGGUGAAGGAUGACCACUUUAAACAAGACAAUAGUCCAGUUAGACCAACCACACCAAAACCUUGUUCAUCAGGUUACAGAAGGCAAAGUACUUGUGAUUCAGACACAGGGCAGAGUGAAGAAUCUUGCACAACUACAUUCUCUACAAGUCCUUGUGGUGAGUCCCUGAGAACAAAGGGAAGCCCUGCCUCCCACCACCAGUCACAGCCAAUCAAGAUAAAUUUGCAGGGUAGCUCUCCAGUAACAGACAAGUUUCCUGAUGAUUUGAGGCCACAAAGUGCUCCGGAGAAACCUUUCACAUACCAAGAUUGCCAUAGAGUGGGUGCGUUUGUUCAGCAUUUUACAGACAACAAACAUAGUGAUACAGAUGAUGUUCCAUUCCUGUCCCUUCUACAACAGGUCAAACUCGAUAGACAAGACAAAGAGAAAACAGACAAUACCAAGUUAGAGGCAUCUAAAGGUACUUCAAGCACAAAAACAGAAAGUUCACGUGACACAAGUGAGUCAGCACUGAGCGAGUCUAAGACAAGUACGAGCAGUCAGAUUUCAGCUCCAGAUGACUUUGUUAUGGUGGAGUUGAAAACUCCAUUUGCAGGGGCUGAUGCAAACAGUGAUCUGGGCAAGUUUUAUAGAGAAUGUCAGAGUGCGCCUGCACUUACUAUCUGUGAUGAGGAGCAAUCUGUUCCAGAAGCUCUAGAACAGUUAACAACACAGCUUGAAAGUUUUGAAACUAAUAUGAAAGACUUCGACAAUUUUGUGUCAGAACUGAACAUUGAGAAUGAAUCUAUUGGUUUUGAACCGAAGGCUGACAAAGUUUUUGAAACGUGAUACAGUGAAUAGUGUUUUCCAAUCUCUCAUAUAGAGUUGUCAUUCUUACCUAUCACGUUGGGUCUGUUAUUGAUCAACAGAUUCUGUAUCAGCUGAAAAAUAUCAACAAUAAAUUAAUUUAGCAGGAACACUCUUAUGUAGAAUAUAGGCUAGGAAAAGAAAUACGAGUCGAAACAAAUGCAAAGAAUAUAUUGCUUAUUUGGCAUUUUCUUUUGAUUGUUUAAGGGAAAUAUUUUUCAGUUAUCUGGCAAUUUUUCUUCAGUUUUAUUUUUGUGCUCCCCUUCGAAGGAGGAGUAUAUUGUUUUGCAGAUGUCGGUCGGUCCGUAGACCAAUCCGUUUCUGGAUGAUAACUCAGAACACUUGGGCCUAGGAUCAUGAAAGUUAAUAGGGAGGUUGGUCAUGACCAGCAGAUGACCCCUAUUGAUUUUGAGAUCAGUAGGUCAAAGGUCAAGGUCACAAUGACCCCAAACAGUUAAACGGUUUCUGGAUGAUAACUCAAGAAUGCUUGGGUCUAGGAUCAUGAAAGUUAAUUGGGAGGUUUGUCAUAACCAGGAGAUGACCUCUAUUGAUUGUGAGGACAGUAUGUCAGAGGUCAAGGUCACAGUGACCCAGAAAAGUUAAACCAUUUCCAGACGGUAACUUGAGAACACUUGGGCUUAGGAUCACGAAACUUAGUAAGGAGGCUGAACAUGACCAGCAGAUAACCCCUAUUGAUUUUGAAGUCAGUAGGUCAGAGGUCAAGGUCGCUUAGCUCAGUAGGUAAGAGCGUUGGUCUACGGAUCGCAGGAUCGUGAGUUCGAUCCUCGGGCGGGGCGUAUGUUCUCUGUGACUAUUUGAUAAACGACAUCGUGUCUGACAUCAUUAGUCCUCCACCUCUGAUUCAUGAGGGAAGUUGGCAGUUCCUUGCGGAGAACAGGUUUGUACUGGUACAGAAUCCAGGAAAACUGGUUAGGUUAACUGCCCGCCGUUACAUAACUGAAAUACUGUUGAAAAAUGGCGUUAAACCCAAAACAAACAAACAAACCAGAACAGUAGAACUUUUUUUGCCAAAUAGCUAGAGAAUGCUUUGGUCUAAGGUCACAUUUGAUACGAAGGUCACUUAUUGAUUUGAGGUCAGUACAUCAAGCGUGCAGUGCACAGUGACCGAAAAAUUUCUGUUCCUUGUGCAGUUACUGAAUGCAUCAAGGGGGACAUUUCGUGUUCUACGAGCUUUUGUUUUUAUUGAGUCAAUAUUCCGGAUUUCUGUAUCGAUAUAUAUCUUUGACUUGACUGUAUCAUCGAGAUUAACAUUGACAGCCAUAAUGCUAACAUCCAAGUUCUAUUUUGUAUUCAAAAUUCUGAAUAGAUAUUUUGAGUCUUUAAAAGGCAAAGGCAGUUUGGAAAAUUAGAUUGUAAAUUAGUGUUGUCAGCCAGUAAUGUGCCAUAGUUAUUAGUAUAUAUUACUCCUUAAUCAUUGACAGAUGAAUGUAAGAGUAAGGAAAGGCAGCUCUGUGAAAGAGAUUGGGUGUUUUAAGCGUGAGUGACAUGUGUGAUAAUUUAAUAUUAUGAUUCAAUGGCAAAGCUUUUUUUCUUUUUAUUUCAGCGACCUGAAGUGUUGAGCACUUUGGUUUUGUAAGAGAUGAUGGUUGUAUUUUUAUUCAUAGAGGUUGAAUGCAUUUGACAAUUGUUUUAUUGACUGUUCGUUUGUUAAAAGAAGGAACGUAUUUGUAAAUAGGUUGUUGUGUUAUUGACCUAGAACUUACUUUAUUUUUAAUUUGACAUCUCAGUAUAUUUGAUGUAUAUGGGAGACAGUGCUUUUCCAUUUAUUAUACAUUUGACAAAAAUUUAAUGUAAACUUCAGUAUUCUGAAUAUGAAUUUAUCCUAUCGGCAAAAUGGGCAUUUUUUCAGUUGCGUUAUAUUCAUGUAUCUAUGAAUUAUUCUCUACAUCCUCUUUAUAUUUGUUAAUUGAUUGUACAUUGAUUUUUGAUCUUUGCCCACCUGGGAAGAACAGUAGAAAAAAACAGGUAACUACUAAUAGAGGUCGCUGGUUCGAUCUCCAGAAGAGAUGAAUGUUCUUGGUGAAUGUGGUGACAGAUUACAACUUUGUAGGAAAGCUAAUUACCAAGGCCAGAUUUACAUGUAAUUUUUAGCUCGACUUUUCGAAGAAAAAGUAGAGCUAUUGCACUCGCCCCGGUGACGCCAUCGCCGUUGGUUAAAGUUUUUAAUAAAGUCAAAUAUCUCUGUUACUGUCAAAGCUAUUGACUUGAAACUUAAAAGUUAUUUACUAUCAAAGUCUACAGAAGGAGAAACAAUCCCCAUAACUCUGGUUUGAAUUUUGACAGAGUAAUGCCCCUUUUUAACUUAAUUUUUUUUUUUUAAAGUCCAAUAUAUCUGUUACUAUCAAAGCUUUUGACUUGAAAACUAAAAAUAGUUAUUUACUAUCAACAUCUACACCAGCAGAACAAUCCCCAUAACUCUGUUUGAAUUUUGGCUUAAACUAUUUACUGGCAAAGCUCUAAUUCAAGAGUCAAGCACUGAGAAAAGUUGAGCGUGCUGUCUUAAGGACAGCUCUUGUUUAUAAAGUUUGUUGUUUGAGUAUAAACUUCAUUAUGUGCUCUUGAUUGAUCAAAAAUGCCAUAUUUUACAUAUAUUGUACUGGAGCAGCUUUUUAGCUCACCUGUCACAAAGUGACAAGGUGAGCUUUUGUGAUCGUGCGGUGUCCGUCGUCCGUUGUCCGUCCGUUCGUGCGUCCGUGCGUGCGUCCGUAGACUUUUGCUUGUGACCACUCUAGAGGUCACAUUUUUCAUGGGAUCUUUAUGAAAAUUGGUCAGAAUGUUCAUCUUGAUGAUACCUAGGUCAAGUUCGAAACUGGGUCACGUGCGGUCAAAAACUAGGUCAGUAGGUCUAAAAAUAGAAAAACCUUGUGACCUCUCUAGAGGCCAUAUAUUUCACAAGAUCUUCAUGAAAAUUGGUCAGAAUGUUCACCUUGAUGAUAUCUAGAUAAAGUUCGAAACUGGGUCACGUGCCAUCAAAAACUAGGUCAGUAGGUCUAAAAAUAGAAAAACCUUGUGACCUCUCUAGAGGCCAUAUAUUUCACAAGAUCUUCAUGAAAAUUGGUCAGAACGUUCACCUUGAUGAUAUCUAGGUCAAGUUCGAAACUCGGUCACGUGCCAUCAAAAACUAGGUCAGUAGGUCAAAUAAUAGAAAAACGUUGUGACCUCUCUAAAGGCCAUAUUUUUCAUGGGAUCUGUAUGAAAUGUGGUCUGAAUGUUCAUCUUGAUGAUAUCUAGGUCAAGUUCGAAACUGGGUCACGUGAUGUCAAAAACUAGGUCAGUAGGUCUAAAAAUAGAAAAACCUCGUGACCUCUCUAGAGGCCAUUUAUUUCAUGACAUCUUCAUGAAAAUUGGUCAGAACGUUCACCUUGAUGAUAUCUAGGUCAAGUUCGAAAGUGGGUCACGUGCCGUCAAAAACUAGGUCAGUAGGUCAAAUAAUAGAAAAACCUUGUGACCUCUCUAGAGGCCAUAUUUUUCAUGGGAUCUGUAUGAAAGUUAAUCUGAAUGUUCAUCUUGAUGAUAUCUAGGUGAAGUUUGAAAGUGGGUCACGUGCCAUCAAAAACUAGGUCAGUAGGUCAAAUAAUAGAAAAACCUUGUGACCUCUCUAAAGGCCAUAUUUUUCAUUGGAUCUGUAUGAAAAUUGGUCUGAAUGUUCAUCUUGAUGAUGUCUAUGUCAAGUUUGAAACAGGGUCAUGUGCGGUCAAAAACUAGGUCAGUAGGUCUAAAAAUAGAAAAACCUUGUGACCUCUCUAGAGGCCAUACUUGUGAAUGGAUCUCCAUAAAAAUUGGUCAGAAUGUUCACCUUGAUGAUAUCUAGGUCAAAUUUGAAACUUGGUCACGUGCCAUAAAAAACUAGGUCAGAAGGUCAAAUAAUAAAAAAACCUUGUGACUUCUCUAGAGGCCAUACUUUUCAUGGGAUCUGUAUGAAAGUUGGUCUGAAUGUUCAUCUUGAUGUUAUCUAGGUCAAAUUUGAAACUGGGUCAACUGCGGUCAAAAACUAAGUCAGUAGGUCUAAAAUUAUUUAAAUCUUUUGACCUCUCUAGAGGCCAUAUUUUUCAAUGGAUCUUCAUGAAAAUUGAUCUGAAUGUUCACCUUGAUGAUAUCUAGAUCAGUUUCGAAACUGUGUCACGUGCGGUCAAAAACUAGGUCAGUAGGUAUAAAAAUAGAAAAACCUUGUGACCUCUCUAGAGGACAUAUUUUUUAUGAUAUCUUCAUGAAAAUUAGUGAGAAUGUUCACCUUGAUGAUAUCUAGGUAAAGUUCAAAACAGGGUCACGUACCUUCGAAAACUAGGUUCAUUGGUCAAAUAAUAGAAAAACCUUGUGACCUCUCUAGAGACCAUAUUUUUCAAUGGAUCUUCAUGAAAAUUGGUCAGAAUUUUUAUCUUGAUAAUAUCUAGGUCAAGUUCAAAACUGGGUCACAUGAGCUCAAAAACUAGGUCACUAUGUCAAAUAAUAGAAAAAACAACGUCAUACUCAAAACUGGGUCAUGUGGGAAGAGGUGAGCGAUUCAGGACCAUCAUGGUCCUCUUGUUUUCUUAAACUAUCCUACAAAGAAUGUGUAUACCAAUAAGAUCUCUUUCAAGUUUGAUUAUAGGUCAUAAUCAAUAUAGUAGAUUGAGAGUUAUGUGCCCAUGAAUUCAGUAUUUCAUUAUGUACACUUUAGCACCCUUUAUUUUUAAACAAAUCCCGUGUCAUAUCUACACGUGUGUACUUAUAAAAGCUGUAUGAAGUGAGGGUACUGGUUAGAUCAGAUUAUUGAUUGUCAACUUACAUGCUCUUGAUUUAGUAAUAAUUUCCAUGUAACAUUGGGAUGCAGUAUAACUCUUAUAUUAUUAUACAUACAUAUACCAUACUAAGUAUGUGAAUUGAUAUGUGUGUUGUUAUUACGUAGGGUCUUUACAAAUUUGACCUUGAAUCAAGAGCAAAAGUACUCAUGUGAGAUACCAGGCAACUGUGGCUGUUUUUAGUGUAAUUGAUAAGUUGUGGUUGCAUACAAUGUCCUGUUUACUUGUAAUGAUUUCCCUUUCUGUUUUCCCCAAACAUUGAUUUGUAUCACAGACAUUGUACUGCUUCACAUUUAUGUUUAUCUUCCGCUAUAAACAUGUGUUUGUGCUGUGCCCAGAUAAUUCAUAUCCAUUUAUCCUGCCAUUUACAUUGUGGUAAGCCAUGCACUUUUUUUUUCAAAAGCAAUUUCUAGCUUAUACAAUGUUUCCUACAUGUAAUAUGCCAGAAUGAAGUGGCUGUGAACAUGUAUAGAAAUGAAAAAAACGUUGUCUGAAAAAAGUGACUCUACUGUUUUGGGACAAGUGAUCUGUCGGAUACAAUGUCACAAAUAGUGUAAAUUAUUUUCAUUAGUGAAGAAAGUUUUCUCCAGUUCCUUCCUAAGACUGUUCAGAAUCAACUUCAGUCAAACUGAACUUGGGCAUUAUCACUUGAGACUAUUUCAUAACAUCUUUCAACAAAAGCUGUUUUUUCUUUUGACAGUAAGGCCAAAAUUAAAAAUAUGUUUGUUUGUUGUCCUCCCUACUUACCCGCUUAAAACGCUGCACCCUAAAAGCUUUUAUUGGACACUGCUGGUCAAAUUUUUUUGAGGCUUCUUUUCUGUAAAUUGUGCUUGGCAAAUUAAUCUUUUAUACUUCUUAUUUUAUCUAUAUGCAAUUAUUUUACCAUUCAGUUUUUUUUUUUGUUAGAAUUUUGCACAUUUAAUAGUUGGCUAUAUUUCAGUGCAGCAGAUUAUUAUGAUUCUUGUUCGUAAAACUUGGCUAUUUUUGUAAAUCUCAAUCAUUAGCUCCACUAUUCGGCCCAUUAUACCCAAGGUCAAGGUCACCAAGGUGUUAUACUUAGGUUAUUGUGUCUCCCACCACACAGUAGUGUGGGAGACAUAUUGAUUUACUCCAGUCUGUGUGUCAGUCUGUCUGUCGCAAAGCUUGUCCGCACUCUAAGUCAAACAUUUCUCACCCGAUCUUCACCAAACUUGAACAAAAUAUGUCUGACCAUAAGACCUUGGCCAAGAUCGAUAACUAGCCAAAUCGGCCCAGGCACUUAGGAAUUAUGGCCCUUGAAUUACCGAAAAAUCCUCGGAGCGCAUGCGCUUUCGUGCACCCAAGCUGUACCCUAUACUACUUUUAUUAGUAGUAUAGGGUACGUUUUGGGUGCAAGAAAGCGCAUGCACAAGUAGUAUAGGGUACAUUUUGGGUCCAAGAAAGCACAGACUGACUUACUAUUUAGAUGAUUAGGCAGUUGUGGGAGACAUGCGCUUUUCUCAAAAGCAUCUCUAGUUUUAAAGGUUAAAUUUUUUCGCCAACCUUUGUUUUUCAUCAUAUCUUUGUUACUAUUGCUUAUAUCUUACUGUAACUUAACAUAAACAUUGUCCACCAUACAAACAAAGUAUGUACAGGGGCUGGGGCCCAUUAUACCAAAAGGUCAAGGUCACCAAGGUGUUACACUAAGGUUAUUUUUAAGGUUAAAGUUUUUUGGCAACCUUUGUUUUUCUGUCAUAUCUUUAUUACUAUUGCUUAUAUCUUACUGUAUGUUCACAUAAACAUUGUCCAGCAUGCAAACAAAGUAUGUGCAGAGGCUGGGCCAAUUAUACCCAAGGUCAAUGUCACAAAGUUGUUAUACUUGGAAUUAUUUUCAUGUUAAAAUUUUUCGAAAGCUUCGUUUUUAGACAUAUCUUAGGUACUUUAAAAGAUAAUGACUUGAAAUUAAAAAUAUUUCUUUAUAAUCAUCAUCUGCAUGUGUGAUAAGAAUCCCCAUAACUCUGAUUUGUAUUUUUGACCAAAUUAUGCCCCUUUUAUACUUAAAUUUUUUAACAAACUUCUUUUUCUGGACAUAACUUUGGUACUAUAUAAGAUAAUGACUGGAAACUCAAAAUACAUUUUUACCAUCACCAUCUACAUGUGUGGUUACAAACCCCAUAACUCUAAUUGUAUUUUUAUGCCCCCGAAGGGAGGCAUAUUAGUUUUCAAUUGUCCGUCCAUUAGCUUGUCACAACGUUAACUUUCAACAUUAACUUUUUGCAUGAAGGCACUUUACUCGCGAACCACUGCACCCAGGACCUUCAAACUUCACAUGCUAAUAGUACUUAUUGAGUACACGGCCCCUAUUGACUUUGGGGUCACCAGGUCAAAGGUCAAGGCGCUGCGGGGGCAUUUGUCACCAUUAGUGACAGCUCUUGUUGACAGAAUUAUGCCCCUUUUGUACUUAAAGUUUUUUUGCAAUCUUCGCUUUCUGGAUAUAACUUUAAUGCAAUAUAAGAUAAAGACUUGAAACUUAAAAUGUAUCUUUAUCAUCAUCAUCAUCUACAUGUGUGGUAACAAUCCCCAUAACUCUGAUUUGUAUUUUUGACCAAAUUAUGCCCCUUUUAUACUUAAAUUUUUUAAUAAACUUCGUUUUCUGGACGUAACUUUGGUACUAUAUAAGAUAAUGACUGGAAACUCAAAAUAUAUCUUUACCAUCAUCAUCUGCAUGUGUGGUAACAAUCCCAAUAACUCUAAUAUGUGUUCUUGACAGAAUUAUGCCCCUUGGUGUAUCUUCCUUUUUAAAGUAGAGGUCUCUUAUUGAAACAUAUAUUCAUUUUACUGUCAAAUCCCCAAAUAGUGGAGCGCGCUGUCUUAUGGACAGCUCGUUUUUCAGUCUAAUUACUGGUAUCUUUUUGUUUGCUAUUGUUUAUGGUACUUCUCAAGAUUUUUAUUAUUUUGAAAGCAAAUGAUAAAAAACUAUCCAUAUAAUAAAUAUUAUGAAUAAAUAGUGUUUUAAUAUUUUUUUAUAGCAAUUAUUUGAAUGUUGCACCAUUACACUGUUUCUGGUAACUGGAAGCAUUGAUUUUUUUUUUAACCUUUUUUGUCAGCAUGUAAAAUUGUCAUGGAAAACUCAUGAAGAUCAAGAAAUUUUGUUAGUUUGUAUGAACUACAAAGCACUAUACAAUGUCACUUUUGUCUUAGAAUUUGCAUUUUUUCCCAUUUAAAUCAUUUUAUCUUGAUUGAUAUAUUUUGAAUGAGACCAGUGAACUGUUGUAUGUGAUAGCCUGAUGUAUAUUCUCAUAAAUAAAUCUGAUGGAAAGCCA